UAUAAAAUGAGUUUAAAAAUCGCACGCCUCUCGUCGGCCGCUAUAAAAUGGGGAAGUAGAGUACCUUCUCUGCGCCUUCCGAAUCACAACUCCUUCGCUCGCUUCGUCCAUCUCAGUGUGAAGAGUUGCAGCCUUCAGCCAAAGAGAAGAUCGUCUGAAGAUGGCGGAAGACAUUCCUGGAAUCGCACACGAUGUCACUGAGUUGAUUGGCAAAACUCCAUUAGUAUAUCUCAACAAUAUUACAGAGGGUUGUGUUGCUCGCAUUGCUGCUAAGCUGGAGAUGAUGGAGCCUUGCUCUAGUGUCAAGGAUAGGAUCGGAUACAGUAUGAUCGCUGAUGCGGAAGAGAAGGGCUUUAUAACUCCUGGAAAGAGUGUCCUGAUCGAGCCUACUAGUGGCAACACUGGUAUUGGAUUAGCAUUCAUUGCGGCAGCCAAAGGCUACAGGCUCAUAAUCACCAUGCCUUCUUCUAUGAGUCUUGAGAGAAGAACUAUCCUCCGGGCCUUUGGAGCUGAACUUGUUCUCACAGACCCAGCUAAAGGCAUGAAAGGUGCUGUUCAGAAAGCUGAAGAGUUGCUAGACAAGACUCCCGAUGCUUAUAUGCUUCAACAAUUUGAGAAUCCCGCUAACCCGAAGGUUCACUAUGAGACAACUGGACCUGAGAUCUGGAAAGGCUGUUCUGGUAAAGUUGAUGCUUUUGUCGCUGGAAUUGGAACUGGCGGUACCAUUACGGGUACUGGACGAUAUCUUAAGGAAAAGAAUCCUAAUUUAAAGGUCUAUGGUAUAGAACCACAAGAAAGCGCUAUUUUGUCUGGAGGAAAACCAGGUCCACAUAAGAUCCAAGGAAUUGGUGCCGGAUUUAUUCCAGGGGUUUUGGAAGUCAAUAUUGUUGAUGAAGUUGUUCAGAUAUCAAGUGAAGAAGCUAUUGAAACUGCAAAACUGCUUGCUUUGAAAGAAGGCCUUCUGGUGGGUAUAUCAUCAGGAGCUGCCGCUGCUGCUGCAAUUAAAAUUGCCAAGCGACCAGAGAACGCAGGAAAACUCAUAGUUGCUGUCUUCCCCAGCUUCGGUGAGCGUUACUUGUCCUCCGUGCUGUUCGACUCCAUCAAGAAAGAAGCCGAGAGCAUGACUUUUGAGCCCUGAAAGAAUUUGCAAUGCCGACUACAGAUCACCUGGUGUUUGUUUUCUUAAUAUUUUGUGCUGUAAUGGCAUCCAAAUAAACAUAGCUUGUUCUUCAAGGAUGUUAAUUUGUAAUUGAAGGUGGUGCUUGGACAUUCGUGAAAUUUCUCCGUCA